AUGGACAUAAAUUUGGUAGAAGAUACGGAAAAAUUAUCCCUUGAAAGUGAAGACAAAAAAAUAACGAAACGCAAAGACUAUAUAGAUUGGAGGGAAUAUUUUAUGGCCACUGCAUUCUUAGCUGCGAAACGAAGCAAAGAUCCGAGUUAUCAAGUUGGUGCUUGUAUAGUGAACAAGGAAAAUAAAAUAGUUGGUGUUGGAUAUAAUGGUAUGCCAAUUGGUUGUAGUGAUGAUGAAUUUCCAUGGGGAAAAGAUACACUAUCCAAAUUAGAUAGCAAAUUUUUAUAUGUGUGUCAUGCUGAAAUGAAUGCCAUUCUGAAUAAGAACUCAGCUGAUGUUAAGGACUGCACUAUUUAUGUUGGAUUAUUUCCAUGUAAUGAAUGUGCUAAAAUGAUUAUACAGUCUGGUAUAACUGAAGUUAUAUAUUUUUCUGAUGAAAAACGACACAAACCAAAGUACAUAGCUUCAAAGAAGAUGUUUAAUGCUGCCGGUGUGAAGUAUUGGCAAUAUAUACCAAAGAAUGACAAGAUAGAAAUAACUUUCUCUGGUGCAGCCUGGCAGAACAUGAGUCCUUCAAAGUAA